AUGUCAACAAAGCAAUCGCCAUUGGAGGUCAGCAUCCAAGUAACAGAUAUUCGCGCAAAGGCAAAUUCAUCUCGAGAUGCAAUAGCCAAGCGGAAAUACGCACCGAAAAGUCGAGGAGGCUGUGCGACCUGUCGAAAUCGACACGUUCGCUGUGAUCAACAACGCCCAAGAUGUGUUUCCUGCCAGAGAAGUUCUCGUCAAUGCUUCUACUCAGAUGAGCGGGAUCAGUCGCAUCAGGCUAAUCUAAGACUUGUGCUUUGGGAGCCAGCAGAACCUAUUCUAUCUCAGAGCCAAAUGUCGCUUAUCCCAGGCCAAACUCCCACGGAAGCAAGAGCUCUUGACUACUUUCGUGAGAUUGUGGCGCCCAAUCUGGCAGGUACAUAUGAUCCGACAUUCUGGAAUCGCGUUGUCGUGCAGGUAUCACACAAUGCUUCGUCACUACGCCACGCGGUUGUAGCACUGGCAUCACAUUGGGAGAGGGUUGUCGAGCCGAGCAGCAGGAAGAGAAAUACUCCCGCUCAAGACUGCGACAAUUUUGCACUUCAGCAGUACAGCAAGGCAGUGACAGGAAUAAGAAAAUCCCUAGAGACUGCUGCGAGUCCCUCGAAAGAGGAGCUUCUGGUCAGCACUCUGUUGUUCUACUGCAUUGAACUGUAUCAGAGUCAUCUCGACUCCGCAUUGCGUCAGCUUUCCUGUGGCAUACAACUGUUCUGCGAGUGGAGCAAUAGCAAAGACCCAGAAUCUUCCUCCGACCAUCUCCUGGGACGUGACGAGUUCACAAGACUCGCUGGGCAUAUCUUCCGGAGACUACUGGUGCAGUGCAUGAUUUUCCCAAUGAGAAGCAUCGUGCAAGAGCCAGUAUCAAUACCGCAAUAUACGCCAAUCACUCCGGACAUGCCAGAAAACUUCUCUUCAUCAGACGAGGCACGAGAUUACUACAAUUUCUGCCUCUCGGCCAUGUGCUACCAUUCCAAAAUGUCAGAAACGAUGCUAACGCCUGAAGAACGCGCCAUGGAAAACCAUAUGCAACAAUAUCAACCGUUCAUGAAGACCGUCUCGUAUUUCGAGAAAUGGCAACAAGCUUUCAAGACAUUCCAGAGAACAAGCGUCGUGAACGUGGCCGGCGAACCGGACCACCGCUGCUUAGUGAUGGACAUACACAACCAUGCACUUCAGGUAAUGAUCCCAUCAUUCUCCUUUAAGACCGAAGUCGAAUACGACAACUAUACACAUCUCUUCGCGCACAUCAUUGACACCGCCACAUCCCUGUUGACCCUGACAGCACAAUUACGCUCCAAAACCCGAAACCUCCGCCCACACUUUCCGAAAUUCGACAUCGGGCUGAUCCCGCCCAUGUUCCUGACCGCGCUGCGGUGUCGCGACCCUGUCAUCCGAAGGAAAGCCAUAGCUCUGCUUCGCAAGGGGCCGCGACAAGAGGGCGUCUGGAACAGCGACAUGGUCGCUGCGGUGGCGGAGCGGGUGGUUGCGAUCGAGGAAUCUGGGCUCUCAAUGCCGUCGGAACGCUGCGAGGAUGUUCCUGCUUCCUCGAGGGUGAAGAUCACGGAGGCACUGAUGCAUACCAGUACCCGCCACGUGGCUGUGGUCCUUGAGCGGGAUGUCAUGGUGCACGAUUAUCGGGAUAGAUUGAUGUAUGAGAUGAUUUCGUAUUGA